AGCGAUCGAGGGCGAGCUAUCAGAAGUUUCAAAUAUGGCGAGGCCCAUGAAAAAGAUGGUUGGUAGAGGAAAGAAAUUGAGUAAUAUCAAGAGAGCUAACAUCGGGACAAACAAACGCCUAAAGGAACGUCGUACUCAGAUCAUCUCAUCCCGGGAAUCUCACUCUAAACCAGGAGGAUUUUCUAAAAAUGAUAAACGUGGGAAACCUAAGAAGGCUAUGUUUGCCUUUGCUGCAGCACAGAAGGCAGGAUAUUUCACUAAUAAAAGAAUCAACUAUCAGUCUAAACCAUCUGAAAUUCAGGAAGAGAGAGAGACAGAAAAAAGGAGUGAUGGAGAAGAAGAUGAUGAAGAUUUGAUAGAGGAAGAUAUGGAGGAGGAAGAUCUGGAAUACAUUCAAUCUUUAGGAGGAAAAGCAGCUUUUCUUUCAAAUAUAGAAGACAGCAUGCCAGAGUCUUCCAAGUCGCGCAAGGGAAAAAAACAGGAAAAAGACAACAAGGUAGCUUCUUAUGAAGAGCAGCCCCGUAGCAUGAAGCAUAGAGAUGGUCAGCAAGCUACCAAUAUGAAACCACUUCUUCCUAUCAAACAUGCAGGAGGUCUAGAGUAUAGAUGGACAGAGGAAGAGAAGGAAGAAGGAGAAGAAGAAAUGGAAGAAGAAGAUGCAGAGGAAGAGAUUGAGAUGGAACAGGAGAAUGAUACGCUGCCUGCCAUCACUACAAUACAGCUUUUUGCAGAGCGACAAGAUAAAAUCAAUCAGAAGAAACAACGUAUUGCAACAUUGGCCAGUGCAAUUGUCGAGGACCCUGAAAAAAAUGUAACUAAACUAAAGGAUUUGAGGAUCCUUUUAGAAGAAAGAGAGCCCAGUAUUAUGGUGACGACUAGGAAGCUAGCCAUGGUGUCCCUUGGUGAGGUCUUUAAAGAUAUUGCUCCAGGAUAUAGGAUCAGAGAAUGGGGAGAUAAGGCUAAAUCAUCACAACCUCAGCUCAGUAAGGAUGUCCAAGUGAAGAGGGAAUUUGAAGAAGGUCUUGUCACAAACUACAGACUGUAUCUUGAGUACAUUGAAAAGACAAUCAAUGAGGUUCACAAGACAAAAGCUGAGAUGAAGAAAGCUAAGGAGAAGGAAGCUCAAAGGACUAAACCAAGAAUGGUUCUCCCAGACCAGGCCAAGGUCAGCCUAGCUGAGACAGCCACCAAGUGUUUAUGUUCUUUGCUAAAUGCCCUUCCUCACUUCAAUUACAGGACAAACAUCAUCUCUGUGGUAGCUAAUAGGAUGACUAGUGUGCAUGAAAAGAUUGCUACUACUUGUUGUCAGUGUAUGAAGCAGUUAUUUAGAAGAGAUUCAACGGGAGAUGCGUCCCUUGAAGCCGUUCGUUUUAUCAGUAGAAUUGCUAGAAACAAUGGUUAUCAAGUUUCCCCAGAGGUCCUGAAUACAUUUUUAUCUCUUAGAAUCAAAGAGGUCAAGACGGGUCAUACAGCUGAAGAGAACAGGAAGAAGAUGUUACAGGAAAGAAAAGAGAAAUUCAAACGUUACUCUCGCAAUCAAAAACGGUAUCAUAAAAAGUUGGAAGUUCUUGAGAAGGAGCUGCAGGCGACUGAGGCAUCUGAGAACAAGAACAAGAAACUAAAAUUGCAUACAGAGAUUGUACAGAUAGUCUUUGCUACCUAUUUCCGUAUUCUGAAGAGAGCCAGCCAUUCUGUCAUGCUUCCUGCUGUUUUGGAGGGCCUUGCUAAAUUUGCACAUCUCAUCAAUGUAGAAUUCUUUGAUGACCUCAUUCAAGUUCUGCAUGCUCUAGUUCACAAAGGGGAUCUGAAGUACAGAGAGUCUCUUCAUUGCACACUGACAGCAUUCCAUAUACUGUCCGGACAAGGGGAUGUUCUUAAUAUUGAUCCAAGUCGUUUUUAUUCUCAUCUCUACAUGAUAUUACCACAAGUUCAUGCUGGUAUAAGCAGUGAUGAUGCUAAACUGGUCUGUGACUGCCUUGAAGUGAUGAUUAGUAGAAGAAGAAAGCAGAUCUCAGUUCAUAGAGUCAUGGGUUUCUUGAAGAGAUUGACUACCUUGUCAACCUUAGCGCUUCCUAAUGCAGCAUUGGCUUAUUUGAAUGCUCUCAGGACAUUUAUGAAGUGGUACACAAAAACAGAUGUCUUGCUUGACAAUGAGAGUACUGGAAGUGGGACAUUCAUGCCAGAAAUAGAAGACCCUGAACAUUGUCAUGCCCACAACACGGCAUUAUGGGAGCUUACACUUAUCGAGGAUCAUUACCACCCUACUGUAAGACAGUAUGCUAAGUAUGUAUCUAAUGGAUGUCCUUUGAAAGGAGAAGGUGUACCUCAUCUACAACUACUUAGAAUGGAUCCUAAAGAUGUUUUGAAGACAUACAACACAGAUACAAUGAAGUUUAACCCACCUCUACCUCCUAAGAACCCAGUUAUUAGCAAAAAGGCUCUCAAAGCAAAGAGGAACCAUCCUUCAGUAUCUGCCGGACCCUUUGUCCAAAACGAUUUUCAAGACAUCGUUGAUCUGCAAUAUGAGGUGACUGUGGAUGGUAUGGAUUUCAGCUCCGCUAUCAAACCUGAUAGCAAAGAUGUGGAUGAUAUGGAAUUCAGCUCUGCAAUCAAACCUGAUAGCAAAGAUGUGGAUGAUAUGGACUUCAGCUCCGCUAUCAAACCUGAUAGUGAGAAUGAUGUAGUGUCAACUAUGAGGAGACCUGGGAGAACAUUCAAAAAGCAAGAGAGCAGAAUAAAAGGAGACAGAGAGCAUUUAAGAGAUGCAAAGAUGAAUAAUAGAAAAGAGAAACUCUUAAUUUAGAAUGUGAGUAGAAAUAAUAGGAAAUGUGAUCAAAUAACACUGAGUGACCACUUGUCUGUAAUAGUUUCCCAAUUGAAACAUGUAUUAACCAUUUGAACCUUGAAUUAUCUGGUUCGGUUUUGACGCUCACCCCCUGAAUUGUAUGUGCCUAUCAAGCAUAUUAGGAAAAUGAAGAAAUAGUUCAUUUGAAAUAAAUGAUCUCCUCUUUCUAUGAUUUGACCCCAUUUCUGCUGAUAUUGUGUAGACAGACAUUUUGUAAUCUUUAGUAUCUAAUAAAUCGUUACUUUGACUGAAGUAAGAUUUACCACAACACACCAAUAGUUGGCAGAAUAUUUGCCAUUGCAUCAUCGCAUGAGCCUCCUCAAUUAAGAGUUGUAGUUUUGGCCAAUUUUUAUGCUAAAAUCCUUCCAUGCCAAAGCUAAUUAUCAGCAACAUUUUCAACUGAAGUUAUUGAAUGAAUAUCUUCAAACAUGACAUUUUGAAAAGAUAACCCAACAUUUUAAAUCCAUUUUUCAUGUCACAUGGAUUCAGGACGGUAGCCUGGCCUAUUAGGUAUUCGCAAGAUCACUGCAUUGCUGGUACUCCAGCCUUUCGGAUUCAAAGAGUUAAAGGAACCUUUAAUUAUUACUGUUUGGGUGGUCCUUUUUAGAACCUGUACAUGCCCACAAAAGAAUGCAUGGUGUACCAUGAAACCACUUAACUCUUUUGAUUCCUUCAUCAUUUUGAUUUAUGGACUGUUGAUUGUGCUCAUUUAAAUUUACCUCACAUUGUUCAUUAUAGAUUACAGUGAUGCUCUGGGCUGAAAAUAAUCUGAUUUAUUUUUAACAUAUAAAGAGCAAUCAGACAAAUAUAACACUGAAAUUUGGUCAAAAUCAGAGAAAAAAUAAAGUUACAUGUAGGGCAUUUUAAAGAUUUGCAUUACUCUGAUAAAACAGUUCUUGGGAUGUCUUCAAGAAUAUUCAAUGAGCAAAUUCAUGAUGUCAUAUCCCCACUUGUUCUUUUGUAUUUUAUUAUGAAAUUAGGUUUAUUCAAAUUUAUUUCUACCAAGAACUGAAAAAAUUGGAUUGAGAACUGAUUUAUUAGAUUUGAUAUUCAUUAUAGAGGUGAUACAUUAUUCACACAUUUAUGAAAAAAUUAAGCAAUUAUGAUUUCAUGUAACAAUAAAAUAUGGACAUCA